AAUGGCUUAAUUUCAUAAAGGUUUUACAUGGACAUAAUGUACGAGUACAUUGAAAACAAAAAAUACCUUCAUCAAUUUAAGACAAACGGUGACUCCUAAUCAAGGACCAGUUUUAUUGAAGAUUGAUACUGAGAGAGAAUUGAAAUAUACAAAUGAUCUAGGAUGGAAUUGGCAUAAGAGUUGGAAUAUUCCAAACAUUUCUGUUAAAAUUUCUUUAUAGAAUGAAGAAUGCACAUAAUGGAUCAAUUGCUAGGUAUCUUAUCUAAAUCUAAUUUUAGGUUUAAUUAAUGGCUGUGAAGAUGUUGUAGAAUGAUCUUUUUGAAGAAGUAGGAUUAGAAGGAAUAACAUAAUACGACAUUAUAGAUGGUAAAGCUUUCUUUUCGGUAUUUCUUAUUAACAAUUGUAGGGCGUAAAAUUUAAUAGCACAACUUACAAUCACUAAGGACAUAGAUUUCAGUUAUUAAUAUUACUGAAAGAGAAAGAGAACAUCAUUCUUGGGCUAUAAUCACCACCAGUUUUUGUCGACAGUAGAAAAAGUGCUAGAGAUGAACACAGAUAAAUCUAAUAUAUCCAGCCUUUCGAACCUAGAUAUCUAGAACGUAACUUCUGUAAAAAAGAAAAACACUUUAAUGAUGUAGUUGAUGCUCCAAUUGAAAAUAAUGAAAAUGGAUUACACAAUUAUUUAACAGCUCCAAAUAUUAGAAAUAAAGUAUAAAUUCUAAUCUAUUUUAGAUAAAACAUCCCUUAUUUAUGGCACUUAAGUUCUCUAGAUGUUUAAAUAUUUACUAUUAAAAUAAUUUAGAAACUGAUAAUUAUCUAAUUGAAUUUUAAAAACAAUUAAUGUCAAAAUACCAAUAAUCUCAAUACAUCAUUGUCUUUUAAUCAAAUAACAAUAGAAUUAGAAAGAAGGUAACAUUAAUUAUAUACUUUUAGAUUGAAGAAUCCUUAACUCAAUUAUUUGGCUAAAGUAUGAUAUCUGUUGUUGAAAGAAAAUAUCUUGAUGAAACCUAAUUUAAGAAGCUCGAAUUUUCAUCAGAUGAUUAUUCUUUAAUCUAUACUUAAUUAUAAGAGUUAAUGAAUUAAUAUUCAUAAGAUUAAUAUAACUAAUCUGUGAAAUAAUAAUAAGAAUAAUAAUAAUCAGAUAUGAAUAUAGAAUAAUAAUAAUAAUAAUAAUAAUAAGAAUAAUAAUAAUAAUAAUAAGAAUAAUAAUAAUAAUAAUAAUAAUAAUAACCAAUUCAAACUGAACAACUUCUUCAAUAACAACCACCUAAAAUAUUAACUCAUUCAGAAAGAAAAUCUGCAUUUACAAAAUAUCUUGAUAAAUUACCAACUAAAAAUUUCGAAGAAGAGAAAUAGGAAUAAUAGUAGAGAAUGGAAAAACUCAAUAAUAUUCGAGAAAUGGAAAAUUAUGAUAAAGUUUAAAAAAUAGUGAAGGUUGAAGAAGAAUUAAUUUAAAAUAGAACUUAAUAAUAAUAAUAAUAUUCAUAAUAAUAAUAUUAAUAAUAUGCACCAAUCAAUCAUCCUUUUUCAAUAUUACUACAACAAAAAUUGUAAGAAUAAAUCUUGUAGUAUUAUUUUAUCUAAUAGUAGCUAAUGCUACUCUAAAAGCCCCCUUCUGUGUGA